GAACAAAGGCUAGUCCUUUAGAGCGCGAGUCGCCUUUUUGUCUUUUUGACUAUCCGCUUCAGCAAGUUUUUGCGUCACCGUUGACCGGAUCCCUCUCACUUCCAUCACCAUCACCAUCACCAAGAUACCCAUAAAAACAACAAAAACCAUGUAUUUCUCUUCUUCACUCAUCGCUCUGACCCUGGCGGGCGUCGCCCAAGCUCUCAACGUCCAGGUCGUCUCAGUUGGAAAGUCAGCGACCAACCAAACUGGCCUCAAGUUCUUCCCCGAAACCAUCACGGCCGAAGUUGGGUCCAUGGUGCAGUUCCAGUUCUGGGUCGGCAACCACACAGUCACUCAGUCCAACUUUGACAACCCCUGCAUCCCCAUCUCCAACAUCAACUCGAGCAUCAAGGGCAUCUACUCAGGCUACCAGCCCGUGGAAGCGAGCGCGAGCAAGAACAUGAUUCCCACCUACACCAUUAAUAUCACCGACACCAAGCCCCUCUGGAUCUUCUGCAGUCAGGCUACUCACUGCCAGGGUGGAAUGUCAAUGGUGAUUAACGAGAAUACUUCUGCCAACGCUUCCCGGUCUCUGGCAAACUACAAGACCCUCGCCGAGUCCGCCACCGGCUCUAACCUGAUCCCUGGUGAAAGCUCAGGUGACGGCAGCAGCUCCGGCGGUGAUAACAGCUCUGGCGGUGACAACAGCUCCGGUGGUGGCAGCAGCUCCGGAGGCAGUGGCGAUAGCACCAGCGGCUCUGGCUCGGAUUCCGCCAUCCAGACUCCCGGCACGACGCCAACCGCUGGAAGCCCUGCCGCUACUGGCUCUACCAUCGUCGCUGGCGCCGCAAGACUCUCCUCCCCUACUACGCUAUUGCUGGCCAUGGCAGCGGGCUUCCUGCUUCUGUAAUGUGGGGACGACGA